AAAAACUAGUCGUGUCAUCACUUAUCUUCACCAUUUCAAUUUCUUCCCCCAAUUCAGAUAUUACCAUUUUUAUACUCUCUUCGAAUUAAUUAAUCAUCAUCAUUUAUUUAAUCCAUUAAUUAAUUAAUUAAUUCAUCUCUUUCACUUCAUUUCUUCUACAUAAUCAUUAUUAUAACAUUUUCAUGUUCUGAACCGAACCGAGUCAAUUACCGACUCACCGAGUCACCACCAUGUCGACACCGAACCGUUCCUCAUCAGACAUCAUCGAUUCAACCCCCUUUCUCACCAAUCCUGGCAACGGUUCUUCCUCCGAUGACCUCAACAACUCCGGUCGCCGUCGCCGCCAACGCCUCCUCCAAGCCGCACGCUUCCUUCGUCAAGCAAGCGGCCGUCGAACGAUGCGGGAACCCUCCGUCGUCGUUCGCGAAGCCGCGGCUGAGCAAUUAGAAGAACGACAAAGCGAUUGGGCGUAUUCGAAGCCGGUUGUGAUUCUCGAUAUCGUUUGGAACUUCGCCUUCGUCAUUGUAGCGGGGACCGCUUUGUUUUUGAGCCGGAACGAAGCGCCGGAAAUGCCGUUGAGAUUGUGGAUUGCGGGAUAUGUGCUUCAAUGUGUUCUUCAUAUGGUUUGUGUUUGUUUUGAGUAUAGGAGAAGGAGAAGAUUUCAACGUUCUUCGUCUUCUAAUGCGGUUGCAGGUUCUGAUAGGAUUGGUAGUGGGAAUUUCAGUUCAAGAGAAGGUUCUCGUUCUGCUGUUUCUGGUUCUAGUUAUGUUUCAUUGGCGCAAUUUGAUGAAGAGAGUACUAGUGUUGCUAAACAUUUGGAAUCAGCCAAUACCAUGUUUUCAUUUAUUUGGUGGAUUAUUGGAUUCUACUGGGUAUCAGCUGGUGGUCAAGCUUUAGCCCAAGAUUCUCCUCAGCUUUACUGGUUAUGUAUAGUCUUUCUUGGUUUUGAUGUUUUCUUUGUCGUUUUCUGUGUUGCGCUGGCCUGUGUCAUUGGUAUCGCUGUUUGCUGUUGUCUUCCAUGUAUCAUUGCACUUCUUUAUGCUGUUGCAGACCAGCAGGAAGGGGCAUCAAAGGAAGACAUUGAGCAGUUAUCAAAAUUUAAAUUCCGAAAAGUUGAAAGUAAUGAGAAACAAACUGAUAACAAUCAAGGUCCUGUUGGAGGAAUAAUGACUGAGUGUCGGGCUGAUUCACCCAUUGAACAUGUUCUUGCUGAGGAGGAUGCGGAAUGUUGCAUCUGCCUUUCUUCUUAUGACGAUGGAGUUGAACUAAGAGAACUUCCUUGUGGUCACCAUUUUCACUGUGCCUGUGUGGACAAAUGGCUGUAUAUUAAUGCCACAUGCCCUCUCUGCAAGUAUAACAUCUUGAAAAGUAGUAACCUGGGUCAAGAGGAAGUGUAGAUGAUCUCGGAAAUGUUUAUGGCUACCAUUUUGAGAAAUCUGCAUGAUUUUUUUAUCACUUUUAAUAGGCACAACAUGUCAAUACACUUCAGAUACAGGCCUAUACGAUCGUUGCUGCUGCUGCUUUGUGCUGUAAUCAUGUAGUGAUAGUUGCUUUGUUUAUUGGUAGUUAUUGUGGCUUCUAACUGGUUGUGUAUAGCGUUGUUCAGCGCAUUUCGGCUAUAAUUAUCUUAAGAGCCAAUUUGGUUGUCAUUUAUAUUUUAUUUUUAUUGUCGCAAUAUUGUUGUUGUCGCCAUUAAUGUCUGGUCUAAGUCAUUCUAAUUGUAUAAUAAUGGUCUAUUAGUCUCAGAAUAUGCUUUAAUCAAGUUUAUAAUUUGUUGCAGUUUACAUAAUUUUAUUA